GGUCUGUUUGUUUACGUUAAUUGUCGAUAUCUUUGCAGGAAAGACCGGAAAAUUGUAUAUGCAUUUCCUUCCAAUGUAAAUGCAAAAUAGGAAAUAUUUAAAAUAUUUUGCAUGUUUGUUCGGUAUAAAGCUACCUCAUAAGGUUUUGAUUAAGAUAUGAUGGGGUGCUUGUGUGCAAAAUCAGGAUCACCCAAAAUAAAAAUAACAGACAGUAAAAAGGGAGAAAAAAGCUAUUCAUGGGAUAAUAAAAAGGAUGUGAAUCCUAAAGAUUUUACAAUUGAAAAUGCUAAAGAUGAAACUAUUGUCAAGUUGCCUGGUUCUGUGAAGGGCCAGCAGUUCAUAAUACAGAACUGUGAAAACAGCAACAUUUAUAUUUAUGACCAUAUCAAUACAAUUACUGUUGAUGAUUGCAAUGGCUGUAAUGUCUUUAUUGGACCUACGAAAGGAAGUGUUUUCUUAAGAAACUGUUCAGAAUGUCGAUUUUUGAUCGUUUGCCAGCAGUUCCGAGCCAGAGAUUGCAAAAUUGUGGACAUCUUCCUGUGUUGUGCUACACAACCUAUUAUUGAAUCUUGCAAUGAUAUUCGCUUUGGAUGCUUUUGUUAUAAUUAUGCUGCUUUAGAAGAUCAGUUUAAAAAUGCAUGCCUUAGCAUUUUUAAUAAUAAUUGGAGUAAUAUCCAUGAUUUCACACCAGCUGAAGGAGAAAGAAAUUGGAGUCUAUUGCCAAAAGAUGCCAGAAUUGAAGAUUUCUUCCCUCUUCCGUCACAAGAGAAAUUGGGUGAUAUGCAAGUAAUGACGGAUCCUCAGAGCAGUCUUGUUCCCCAGACACAUGGCUGUUUGCAAAGAAUAUCUAUGCAGUAUUGCCUUGUUGUAUUCUUUUCGGAUGGUCAUGCACAAAAUCGAGCUUUGGCACUUAUUAAAGAAUUAGAGCAAACAGAUAACAUUUUACUACGAACAAAAGAAGUUUUGUUAGAAGAAGAUGCUGCAGAGAGAAUUUUCGCCUCCAAUGCUUAUAAUAAGAUAGUCAAAAGAGGUCCUGUUAUAGCUUUAGAAUAUAAUGGAAAAGACUGCAUGAGUGUGUGCUUUGAAACAGCAAAAAAUAUUGCUACUGCAACUGGUUGUACUGGUCUUGUUUAUGUUAGCACAUGUCCCAAAACUGCUAGAAAGCAGAUUGAGAGUUUUUUCAGUCAUGCGGAUAUGCAGUUGUCUAGUCAAUAAAUUUUGUUCAUAUUUUGUUAAAAUUGUGUACAUAUAUGCUUUAGAACAUGUCAUAUAGAACUUAGUUGGCUGUAGCUAGUCUGACCUCAGAAAUGGAACUAGUUAUUUGAUAUUUUUGUGACUGAUGCUUAUGACAUGUAAAUCUAAUUAUAAAUUUAUUUUAUUUUUUAUAAGAUAAGAAUCAAGCAAUGCACUAUAAACAGGUUUUUUACCAAUGCAGUGUUAAGAUUUCAAUUUCUUAAAUUCCAAUGUAUAAUUUUAACUGAUAAUGUAUAUUAUUGCAAUAUGGAAUAAUAUCUAAUGAAAGAGAUAAAUUUUAUGGAUAUAUUCUUAAAUAUAUUUUAGUAAACUUAAUUAAAAAUAUUUCUAGGUAAUAAAUCCAGUUUUAUCCUACCUGCAUAAUGCAGUUUUUCUACUAUCUUAAAGUUUUUAUAGCUUUUCAUUAUUAAAUAAAAAUAUAUACGUAAAGGUUAAUGUAAAACAUACAGGUGGUUGCUAUAUUUUGAAUUUAAUAUUAUCUUUGAAAUGUAAAUAAAAUUUUUAUAAAUUAGUAUUAAUCUAUUUUUAUUUUAUUCUCACCAGGGCUGCUUUUAAAAAUGGGAUCAGCAUAGCUAACAGUUUUUAUUAGAGUAAAGAUGAAAAAAAGGAAUAAAAAAUAUUUUCCAUAUAGCAGUUAUUGUUCCUUAUGAAAUUUCACAACAAAGUUCAUAUGUCCUCUUUUAUUUAAAUGGAGCUUAGAAACCUGCUGUUAAUGGGCUGAGCCAAAAGGACAAGACGGCUCAGAGCUGUUCUUGUGUCAGACAGACCAUAAGUGGCACGAUUAGAACUAAGAGGAAUCACAAUGAGUCCAAGUCAUUUGGUGAUGGUUCACAAAAGAGCUCUGAGUAGAGUUUACUUUUUUGGUCCAGUAAACUACCAUGAAGGUUGUUGGCUCUGUUUAAAUAACAGGGGAUAAUAAAUAAUAAUAAUAAGGAAAUAGUGAAUAUUUUUAUUGUUCCAUAGAUUUAGAUUUUAUAAAACUUUUAAAUUUUUCUUUAUUAGAACUGUAGCAUUAGUUAAUAAUUAAAAGUAGAA